UCCUGUGUUAAAUUGUCGAACAGGAAUAAAGUCCAGUAGUAAAAUAACAGUUAGACGCAUAUGGCUUAAGUACACUUGAAUGUAAGCUGCUCACAAACGCGGAUGACAUUAAAUGUAUACAAAUGUUAUACGUUGCACACGAGCAGACGACACAUAUUGAGUAUGGCUGUCCGCGCGGGGCGUGUUGAUUAAAGCCAAGUCCCCAUUUUCUCAGGAUACGAGUGAUGCUGCGCGUGCGACUAUUACGUAACAAGGACAAAUUAAAAAUAAUAUCGUGUCAAUGGAUCAAACAGAAGAAUCAUUACUAAAGAUGGCCGAUUCAGAAGAGAUAGUGAUGACUGCAGCCAAGAGAGACGGCGGGGCUAUCAUGAGGCUGGAGCGGAUGUUUGGAAGUGAGAUCGACCAAGCCAAAGUUCACCACGUCGCUGGGGGUCCAUACAAAGGCAUCCUUAUCAACAAAGCAUCGUCUGGUCUAGUGGACGUGGGACCAGCAGAAGGCAGACUCGAGUUUAUGGCCUAUCUUGUCAACGAAAGCAAACACAACGAACAUCUACAGGAUCACUGGACGCUGAAGUUCUGGUUCCGCGGUACUGAGGACGGACUAGUGAAGAAAAACACCUACACAGACUACUUCCGGGAACUCAUGGACCCAGGAGACUUCCCGAAAGAUUACAUCGGCUUUAUCAAGAAAGCCCUUGUUCUACUACAAGGUUACUCCGUGAUCAAGAGAGUAGAACUUCAAGUCAAGCAGACAAACGACCAGUCCCCCGAGGACGUGAUUCCCCCCAUACGAAGUUUUACCACCGUUUUCACACCAGCAUCAAACUCCUUCAGCUUCGUACCGGAAGUGUGUAUCAAUCAGAAAUCUUUCAUAACGUUCAAGGUCAAGGCAGCAUGUGACGUACGUAUCGUAUUGUCCUCAAUUUAUGGUGACGUCAACCACAAAGCUCACGAAAUCGUUAUUGGCGCCGAGGGAAAUACAAGAUCCUACAUCCGGGAAUGCGCCAAUGGCGUUGUCAGGGCAGAAAGCAUGACAAUGAAUAUAUUACAUGAGAAGAACUUCCGGUAUUUCUGGGUCAGCUGGGCGGAUCAGUAUUUGGAGGUAGGACGUGGCGCUCAGUAUGGACAAGGGAGAUUUCUUCAGUGGCACGUGUCACCUAAACGACAGUUCAAGGUCAACUGUCUAGCUGUCGCCACCAGCAAAUCAACUAGAGGUCAUUGGGAGUUCGCCGAACUUCUAGCCGAUUACAAAGAAGAAGACCCGGAAGUCGAAGCGGGAAGAAUCGCCAAAAGAGCCCGUAUCAGAGAACAGUAUGUUUGGCUAUCGAGAAAAUAUCGGCUUUUGCAUUUUCUUGAGGACGCCUUUCCGAACGUCGUCAAAAUCGAAGAUCUCGUAAGUCAGUGCAAGAUAAAAGUGACUGAUACAUUAGUCAUCGCCUUGGUGCUAGCGGAACUCCAGGAACGCGGUCUAAUAAAGGAGGUGGUUGACGGACACUGGAUGCGGAAUCACGGAGGAGGUUCCGCGCAGACGGAGGACGAGGUGAAAUUGGUGAAAGUGAUGCCAGUUCUCAGUUCAGGUGACCAGCCGACUAUCGCCAUAGUUACCACGUUGUUCUGUGAAAAACUUGCAGUUGAUGCCAUGAUCGAUGACAAGACUACAUUCGUCAAGUGCAAGACGGAAGGUGAAUCUCAGGUGUACACGACCGGACGGGUCGGGAAACACCGAGUGGUAUCGACCAAGCUCCCCUGUAACCCCGGGGACAUCGAGGCUUCAAACAUAGCAGCCGGGAACUCCGUCACUCGCCUUCUUGGGACCUUCAGCAAAGUAGAGCAUGUGUUUCUUGUCGGAGUUGGAGGCGGAGUAUUGUACGAGCAUGACCGGGAUGACACCGUGACGUCGGAUGACCUUGUGACCUUGGGUGACGUUGUCGUAUCCAUGCCGUCAAAUGGAACCAACGCCAUGUAUACUAAAUGGCACAAACGAGAAAAUGUUGGGAAAGAGGGUCCAAAAUAUUCCCCGAGAACUUGGCACAGUCAUGACGAUACAUUAAGACGGAUCGCGAAGAAUCUGAAAGACAAAAGUGUGAAUACUUUUGACCAUCUUAUAAAAAGCGCGCUUUUACAGUUAAACGAUUCUAAAUUCCAUAAGCCAUCGAAUGCGUCCGGUACACCAGGUGCCUCUAACACUGAAGAGCUCUCGGAAAGGGGGACAACUGUCGUGAGUGGGGCAAUUGCCAGUAUAAGCUGUAUGGAUGAUGACGAAGAGAUGCGAAUGUCGUUCGCAAAGACAAACCAAAUAAAAGCCUUCGAUAAGGACUUUGAAGCUGUGCUUGAAUCGCUGGACGGAAACAGGAAUGAAAGCUAUUUAAUGAUUCGCGGCAUCGCCGAUUUUCUGUAUGGCGGCCGCAAGGAAUGGCAGCCAUAUGCUUCUCUUGUGGCAGCUGUCUGCAUGAAAACAAUAUUAUUAGCCUUGAACUAGUCAGUUAUACUGAAUAACUUAUACCAUUGGUGCUUUGUCUUAAUAGAAUACCUUUAUAAACAAUUCGGUGCUAAACUUUCUUUUUUAUAAUGUGAAUGCCUUGUGGCAGUGCGAUCAAACAAUAUUUUGUUUGUGAAUCUUCCUUGAAAAUAUUCAUUGAUAUGUAAGAUUUGAGACAAAAUCCUUAUCCAUUGUUUGGUGAAAGAGUUCGUUGCACUGUAAACAAAACAUAUCUUAUAAUGAUGAUCCGUACAGGGUAUGGAGUUUGAAUACAAAAGUGCACGUGUCUUACCUAUAAUUACUUUAUGUAUCCGUUUUUAACCUGAUUCUAUUUCCGUCAUAUUUGAUAUAAUGCAAUAAUGUUUACAUCAUUAUAUUUUGUUGUUUUUCGUGUUGUUGUUUUUGUCUGAUCGUCAUUAACGAUUAAUACUCUGUAUUAACAUCAGACAUGAAGUAUGUACUCUAUUUUGCAUAGUUCCAGGUAGAUGCUUGAUUACAUAAACUGCUAUCCUGAUCGGUUCAUUCUUCUGAAUAGUUCUGCUGUUGUAUGCAUUCCGUGCCAUCGACGAAUAAAUAUAUUUUUAUAUCGAAA